AUGACGAUCACCUUACAAGAUGUGGCAGGCAUCUUGGGCUUGCCGACCGACGGUACUGUCGUCAUCGGAUCGACCUCUGAGGAUUGGCACGCUGCUUGUGCUGCUGUUUUUGGACAUGUUCCAGAGGCCGGUGAGUUCCAUCAUUCUGGCGACCUCUGCAUCUCAUUCUUGGAUCGACAUUAUACCCGGUGGACUGGUCAUGAAGGGAAUCAUGCUGCCGAGAUCUACUUCACAAAAGCCCACAUUGCCCGGAUGUUGGGGACUUGGUUGCUGGCGGACAAGUCUGGAGGUAGCAAUUUUGGUUGCCGUCUUGUCCCGUUGCUAGGUGGAGGAUUUGAGGACAUUGGCCGAUUCAGCUGGGGAUCUGCAGUUUUGACACACUUGUUCAGGAAUUUGUUUAAUGCUGUACAAAAGUUUAAACCUCAUGAGGUCACCCAUUGUCGGGCAACAUUGGACACACUCUGUAGAGAUGAGGUGGUGUGGCAGCCGUAUAUAGAAUAUGAGUGGCUUGAUGUGACUCCAGAGCAGCAGUAUCUGUGGCUAGCUCCCACACCUAUUAUCUACUUCCACACAGUUGAGGCAUGUCAACCGGAUAGGUGCAUGCGACAGUUUGGUCUUAAUCAACCUAUCCCGGAAAAAUCUAGAAAAUUGAGAGGAAUACAUGAUCAUACUCUACGGGGGAAGGUUGAAGAGAACUGGAGACGUAAGCAAAGAGAUUGA